UCUAUUACUAGAUAGUUGGGAUAGGGAUUUCUGAAGGGAAUGCCUAGUAGAUGCAGUUGCCUGUAAUAGCAGAUCAGCAGCAGUGCCACUGAAGGCACAAUGAGAGUGGGAUCGAACAGCUGAUUGCUGAAUGAGGGGGCUAGGAUAGCAGAAGCAAGCAAUGCUGGAGCAGGGAAGGAGCUGGGAGAGAAAAAGCAAGAGAGAGUGAAGCCUGAGAAAACCUACAGUGACCCAAAAGGACUGAUGCAGUCAGUUUGGGAUGAAUAAAAUAAGUAGAUGAGUUUCAAAGCUCAGUGACAGUUUACCAAGGCAGGGUGAAAAAGGAAUUGUGCAAGUUCUUUAUUUUUUAAAAAGUAUACCUUUAUUUUUAGUCCUGUAGGACUUAUCUUUGUAAUGUGCCGGACAGCUGUUGUAACAGCACAGAAUCCUGUGAAACAGCUAGCAGUGCAGAAAGACACCUAGAGCACAGAAUUUGGAAGCAUUUGCAUUGUGUGUGUUUGGAUACUGGGUUAAGAUUGAGACUUUCCACUAAACAGUAGCUGCAGCAACAAAAAAAAAAUCAACAGGAGAAGCAUACAAAAAAUAUUAAUUGUGGGUUGUCGUUUUUUUUUUAAUACUGAGACAUGGUAGAGAGUGAAACUGAGAACUGUGCAGCCACACAAGACCAUGGAGAAGUCAAGUAGUGAGGACUCAUCGAUUCGUCGCAGCCCGUCUGUGGAUAGCCGGGACAGUGACUUCGCUAGAGCUUCCACCUCGGGCAGGGAGUUCGGAGGCCGUGGCUUUACAGCUGGUGCUUUUUACGGCUCAACAGGCUCCCGCACGCAAAGUCACGCUGGUGCCACCUCCGCAGGGGCAAAGAGAAAUAAAUACAGUGCGCCCAAAGGCAGCAAGUACAUGGUCUUUUACCUGGAUCUAUCCUUUGUGUUCCUUUUAGAAUUCAAGAAGUGCAACAUGGCAAGGGGCUGUCUCUGCUGUUUGAAAUACAUGAUGUUCCUCUUCAACCUCAUUUUCUGGUUGUGUGGCUGUGGACUCCUAGGAGUAGGAAUAUGGCUGUCGGUGUCACAGGGCAGCUUUGCCACCUUUUCACCCACUUUCCCAUCUCUCUCUGCCGCCAACUUGGUGAUUGCCAUUGGCUCCAUCGUCAUGGUGACCGGCUUCCUCGGAUGCUUGGGUGCCAUCAAGGAAAACAAGUGCCUCCUUUUGAGUUUUUUCAUUGUCUUGCUGAUUAUUCUACUGGCAGAGCUGAUAUUACUGAUUCUGUUCUUUGUCUAUAUGGACAAGGUAGGUGAGAACGCUAAGAAGGACUUAAAAGAUGGACUUGCACUCUAUAACACAGAGAACAAUGUUGGGCUCAAAAAUGCAUGGAACAUUAUUCAGGCAGAGUGGAAAUGCUGUGGGGUGACUGGCUAUGCUGACUGGUAUGAGGCGCUGAAGGACACAGUGGUUCCAGACCGCUGCUGUCAGGAGCAUUACCAGGACUGCGGGCGUAAUUCCACCAACCUGUUCUGGCAAAGGGGUUGUUAUGAAAAAGUUGAAGAGUGGCUGGAUGAUAGCAAACAUGUCCUCGGCACCAUUGGGAUGUGCAUCUUGGUAAUACAGAUUCUGGGCAUGGCCUUUUCCAUGACUCUCUUCCAACAGAUCCACAGAACUGGUAAAAAGUAUGAUGCCUAGCACCACUCCACGCACACGUGCACACACACAUACCCAAGAAACAUCCACCCUUAUCUGCAUAAACUCUUGAGAAGAACCAAGUUUAACACACACACACACACACACACACACACACACCCCACCCCACCCCGCCGACCACCUCUGCACCACAACCAGUCCUAACCAGGCACCAAACAAUCCCUGGACUGCACAGAUGUUGACUUGAUUUCUCUUCUUUCAUUUGCAUUUGCUGUUUAUUUGCCAAAGAAUGGAAAUGAGAUGGGAAAACACAGAGAAAGAGCAUCAGCUUGAGAAGCGAGCGUGGCACCGCGUGGCUGCCACUCUCUGUCUUUGUUGUUCUUUUGUCUCACUAACAAUUUCCAGGAAAUACAACACAAAACAGAAAAUUGUAGUUGCAUUGCUUUACUAAUACAUUUUGGAACUGCAGUGGAAAGGGAAAACAAGCCUGUAAAAAGAACAUUGUAAGGCCCCUGAAGUUUCUGGACUGUUUUGUUAAAAGACUGGUGGAGACCCAAUCCCCCCCAAUUAACAUCCAGAGAGUAAUAAUGGGCCACUUAGUGUGUGUUUACCUACAGUUUUAUUUUCUGCUUGAUGGGUAACUUUGUAUUUUACAGAGGUAGAUUUUUUUGGGUAUAAUCUUCAGUAUUUUCUUUUUUAAGCAGUUCUGCUUCUUUCAACUAUAAAAUCUACCAAUGUGUGUAUUUCUUUUGUUUGUUUUGAACAUUGCAAGUCACAGGACUGAUGAUACCGAUGAGUAAAAAAAAGAAAAGAGCAGCAGCAGCAGGUCACCGAUACCCCAGGUGUCUGGUUUUUAGGAGUAUGUCUCAACCUGGCUCUGCAAUCAGAAGAGCUCACUUUUGAGAGUGUUCAUUCUGCAUAAUACUAAGGAAACCUUUACAGUAGAUUGUGAAAGAUUAGCAUUCAUCUGUGUAACAUUUCUCUGGAUAUAUGUUUGUAUGAUUCCUCUUCAUUAGGUCCUUUCCAUUAACAGGGGGAGAAACCAUAACUUCUAAUCCUCGCUCCUUGCCACACUGCAGUGCAAGCACAGUGUUUUAAUCUACAUUAUAGAGCUACGACCUCCUCAAAACACUAACCCAUUUUGAGUUAGCUAGUCAAAGAUGAAGUACAUUUUAUAUUACCCUUGUGACAUCUAUGUUUAUGUAUUAAAUUUCAUUAAUUAUCCGACCAUCAAGUUUUUAUCUGAUACAAAAUAUUAAGGAUUAAAAUAUGGUAGAAUGAAGAAAUAGUGACCCCACUUCCUCCUCCUGGGUUGAUAGUCCUUGGCAUUGCAAUGCCUUCCGUGUGGAUUUGGCAGUCAAGCCACAUUAAAAGCCACUGGGUAGGGAAAAGAAGGGCUGAAAUCCAGCUGGUCCAGCAAGAUUGCCAGUCAGGGUUGUAAAGCUGGGCUGUAUUUUGCACACUUUGGCUUUUCAAAGUUUGAUUUGGUCUUUAAGUUGUUGUUUUGUUUUUUUUAUUUUAUUCCGGGCCUGUCUGUAAAACAAAUACCACAACACUUGUGCACAUUUCCACAGACAUUCCUGCUAGAAAUCUUGAACAUAUACCUCUAGUUUGAAUGCUGCUUUUAUUUCUAGACCCCCUUUUGGUUCAGUCACAGAAGGAGGUUGUUUUCUUACUUUUUGCUGCUUUGAGAGGAAAGGAACAAAACAAGAGAAACAAUACACAAAAUGCAACAAGUAGUCCUGCUUCUGUAUCUCUUAACCAUUUGGAAGCAUCUUAAGACAGUUUGGCAUGAAUUUGUAAUUGCAAUGACCCUUGCAGAAAUGUUUCAAAUACUCUGUUGGUGUAUCACUAUAAAUAUCUUGGUAGUACCCAAAGGCCACCCUAGGAGAACCUAAAGCAGUCCACAGUGUUACCAGCAGCACAGUGGAUACCAGUGGAAUAACAGCAUUAGAGCAUUGUACUCUAAUUGACUACCAGCUUGUUAUGGUUAAUGCAACUUAGAUAUCACUGUGGUACCAUUCUAUCAAUGGUCCAUACUAUUGCUUGAAUUCCCACUCAAAAUCAGACCACAGUUUCAUUCUCAGGCAGUUCAGAAAAUGUAUUGCCUGUUCACCCAGUAUCUACUUUUCUUGCAUUUUGUGUAUGAGGUCAGAUGUUGUGGUUGAAAAUUGGGAGGUGGUUUACUUUCAGAAUGAGGGAAUUGGGACCAGAAGUGUCUUUAGUUCAAGGGGUCGUCCACAGAAAAUCAAAGAAAAAAAACAAGAACUCUGGAUGAUGAAAAAACGAACGGACACUAAGCAUGUUUUGCUGCUACAUGGAAAGUAAAUGGAAAGUCUGUAAGUCUAAAGUUUUAAGAAAGACAGAGUUGAAAACAAAGGUGUUCAGACAGAUACUGUAUUUAAACCCUGUGGCGAAUGUUUUACACCCUUUAGGCUAAUGUUGCUGGGAUCCAUGACAAUGUCCAUUGAUACAAAACAUUAAAAUGAGUAGAAAUUCGUACAUGUCCCUUCUUUAAAAACACUGUGGUACUUUGUGGCAGUAGAGCUAGAACUCUUCUGUGGUUGGCCUUUUGCACAGCUGUGGUAUACAAGCUAGCACCUGCCUGUGACCUCUGUGUCGAUUUAAAUGUAGUUGUAUCUUCAAUAACCAAAAGAUUGAGUUCUGGAUUGCAUCAACACUUGGUGCUAAAGAGAUCUCACAGUUUGAGCAGACACUUAGUAAUUGAGUGGAGGCUGCAGAUUGCAAGCAACAGUGAAAGUCAAAGCUAACCAGUCCUGAUGUUCAGGUAGACUGUAAUCAUCUUGUUAUGAAGUGUGCUGCUUAAUGCACAGAUUCUAAAUGGCAUAUUCAGUUUUCGACUUGCAAAGGAGGUAGCAUUCUUCACCUAAGCAACAUAUUCUAUUGUACAUUCUUUGGAUUUUGGUAAUCGUUGCAAGAUAUUAUAGCAUGCGGGGUUUUUAAAGGAAAAGAAAAAGAAAACCAUAACAAUAUUAUAGUAUUUUACAAGUGCUAACUUUUGCAAAUAGCAUUUGAGUGUGUGUGUGUGUGUGUGUGUGUGUAAAUAAAUAUAUAUAUAUAUAUAUAUAUAUAU